CAGGAGAUGCUGCAGAAGAAGAAUGCUGUUUUGGUGGAUGGGGUCAUCCUAAAUGGUCCAAUAAUGGACUCAAAAGCAGGAGAGAAGUUUGUGGAAGAGGCCUGUAAGAUUAUAAUGGAAGAAGUUGUCCAGAAAGCAGAUGAUGUAACAGAAAAGGUCUGUGAGUGGCAAGCCCCUGAAAAGCUUAAGCAGAUUCUUGACCUGGAAAUGAGGGACACUGGAGAAUGUCAUGAGAAGAUCCUGCAGCUCUGCCGUGAUGUUAUAAAAUACAGCGUCAAAACCAAUCAUCCAAGAUUUUUCAAUCAGCUGUAUGCUGGAAUAGAUCAUUACUCGUUAGUGGCUCGUUUCAUUACAGAAGCUCUGAACCCCAGUGUAUACACAUAUGAAGUAUCCCCUGUGUUUCUCUUGGUGGAAGAAGCAGUCAUCAAGAAAAUGAUUGAAUUCAUAGGCUGGGAAGAAGGGGAUGGUAUAUUUAAUCCAGGUGGCUCUGUCUCUAAUAUGUAUGCUAUGAACUUAGCAAGGUACAAAUUUUGCCCUGAGAUAAAGGAGAAAGGGCUUUCAGGUCUGCCAAGACUAGUUCUGUUCGCUUCGGAAGAGUGCCAUUACUCCAUGAAGAAGGCAGCCUCUUUCCUGGGUAUUGGUACAGAGAACGUGUAUUUCAUCAAAACAGAUGAAAGAGGUAAGAUGGUACCUGAGGAACUGGAGAAACAAGUCCAGCGGGCCAGGAAAGAGGGGUCAGCACCAUUUCUUGUCUGUGCUACAGCAGGCACAACUGUGCUGGGAGCAUUUGAUCCUCUGGAUAAAAUUGCUGAUAUCUGUGAAAAGCAUGGCCUCUGGCUUCAUGUUGAUGCUUCUUGGGGUGGCUCAGCUUUGAUAUCAAGGAAGCAUCGCAGACUUCUUUAUGGUAUCCAAAGGGCUGAUUCUGUUGCCUGGAAUCCCCAUAAAAUGCUGUUGGCAGGAAUCCAGUGCUGUGCUCUUCUGGUGAAAGACAACUCUGGGCUCCUGAAGAAGUGUUACUCUGCCGAGGCUGCAUACCUGUUCCAGCAGGACAAGUUCUAUGAUGUCAGCUACGACACUGGUGACAAGUCCAUCCAGUGCAGCAGGCGUCCAGAUGCUUUCAAAUUCUGGCUGAUGUGGAAAGCAGUGGGAACUACAGGCCUGGAGGAGAGAGUAAACAGGGCACUGGCUUUGGCGAGAUAUCUAGUGGAGGAAAUUAGAAAAAGAGAGGGAUUCCAGCUUCUUUUGGAGCCGGAGUAUGCAAACGUCUGCUUCUGGUACAUUCCACCAAGCUUACGAAAAAUGGAGGAUGGACCUGAAUUUUGGCAAAAGCUGCACCAGGUUGCUCCUAUAAUUAAGGAGAGGAUGAUGAAGAAGGGCAGCAUGAUGCUUGGGUACCAGCCUCACCGGGGCAAAGUCAACUUCUUCCGCCAGGUGGUUAUCAGCCCUCAAGUUAGCCGAGAGGACAUGGACUUCCUGCUGGAUGAAAUCGAGCUUCUUGCUAAGGACUUGUAGCUGUAGGUCCACAGCAUCAGGUGCUGCUCAUGUGUGAUAUUUAUGGAGGAAGAGUGGCAGCAGCAUUCUGAUGCUAUUUUGGGAAAGGUAGUAAAAAGCUUGGCAUAUAGUUUGGAGACUGUCAUUUUACAGAUUGAUGUUGAGAACUUUACAAGUAGAACACCCCUUCACAGGAAAGUAUUUGCUGACAGGGGCUGGGGGCAGGCCGGUGCUUCCAGCACCAUUGCUGCCAUUCUGGGAAGUGUUUCCUCAAGAAGGGAGCACUUCUGAAAGUGGUGUCUAUGCCCCAGGAAAGGCAGCUAUUUACUGGGUGCCUGUGCACAGUGCAGCUCUAACUGGUCACUUAUGUAUGCAGGCAAAAUUCCUCUGAAGCUGCUAUUAUGAGUGGAUUUGUCAGUGAGCCUUAAGUUGCUAGUUAAUUCUCUUCUCUGCUCUGUCAAUAUUUUAGUUUGGUAAUUAACAUGAGAAGACUGGAAAUUGUGAACUUAUAUGAAAUGAGUUCCUCA